AUGUCGAGUGAACAGAUCGAUCUGAAGUUGCAUGCCGACAUCAUGAUGGCUUUUCCAAUUCUCUUUCAUACUCGAACUCUCUCCCUGCUACAGUUGAGAGGGGCGAAAAGGGGGCGUUUCGUGCUCCCGCCGGCGAGGUCGCCGCUCCCCUCCGCCUUCGGCGACCUUUGGGUCCUCGAAUGUGUGGGGGAAUGGUGGAUCUUCGACCGGCGGUGUAGAUUAGGUACCCGCUAUAGGGGUAGGUCUCCCGGCGGCGGUCGUGAGGUGGUGACGGCGUCGCCAUGGUGGAAUAAGGUACUCCUGGCCCUCUCCCACCUCGUCGUCACUUGCUCCGGUGCCGGCGGCGGGCCUGUGAGGUCGGGGCUCUCCGGAUCUGGAGACCGAGUUGGUGCUCCAGAUCCCGUUGGCUCCUGUUCAGGAGUCUUGCCGGCGGUGGCUCGUCGUCUCGGUAGAGCGUCGGGGUCACUGGCCUUUUGCUUCGUGGAUGCAGUGGCUGCUGUGGGUUUGCUGGAAGAUAGGUGGCUGGAUCGGGCUCGUGCUUCCUGCGGCGGCAGUCGUCGUCGUCGUCGAGCACUGGUCCAUGAUCCAGGGAGCUCGGGGUGGAGCUUCCUCGGAUCUGGACGUGGGCAGCGACGCCUGGAGCUGGCGAUCCCCGGCGAUGGGGUUUUCUCAAGUCUUCGGUUGGGAAAGGCUGCAUCCAGGAUCGGAUCGCGGCGCCUUGCUGCAGCUCUCGAUCGCCUCCAUGCUCGAUGUCGAUGA